CCGCCACCACUACCUCGACGACGACGAUACACUGAGUUCUGUAGUUGCACAAAAAAAUCUUUUCUUCCCAUUUACAAAUACAUACACGCCUCCAAAGUCUUUCAAAUGUUUUAUCCAAAAUCACCUUUUAUACGUUAUCCACUUGUUGAAUCACAAUUAUGUAAAGGGAAUCUCACUCUGUUGGAAGAUCUGUUGCCCUGGUUAUGUCGGGCGCCAUCUGUCACUACAUAUCGGGUGAAUCUUUUGAAGACAACUCAAGAAGCCUUUAAGAAUCAAGUCGAGCAACUGCUCAAAAAACGUUAUCACAAUCCACCACCAGUGUUUUCUUUACCCGACCUGCCAGAAGUUGUUUGUAUUUCCCCCACUGAUCAUGCGCCUAAUCCCAUUUCCGAACAAAAAGAAGUAAUUGUUGAUAGUUGUUGUGGCGCAGCAAUACUUCGAGGUGCUCACAUUUAUUCCAUUGGUGUGGUGGGCAUGGAAUCGGGUACACAAGUAGGUGAUAUAGUAAAUGUAUAUGCAGAUUUAUCGGGAAAAUGUAAGAAAGGCUCAAACAUCCGAUACGACUCCGAACAAAAGGUUUAUUUGGGUCAGGGAAAAGUGUUAAUGCAAAGAUAUCAACUUUACAGGUCUGAAGGACCUCAGCCGGGCAUUGCUAUUGAAAUUCUGAACACAAUUUCAGGUGUACCUUCAAUUGGUGAUUUAAGUAGUUCAGAGGCCUUGCUACAAAACUUACCUUCAAUUGUCUGUGCCAGAUCACUAAAUCCACAAGAGAAUGAACUUAUUUUAGACAUGUGCUCAGCACCUGGCAAUAAAACCACACAUCUGGCAGAGCUUGUAAAAAAUCGAGCUGUUAUUGUUGCCAUGGAUAAGACAGAAUCCAAAAUCAAAUUGGUCUUAGACAAAAUAAGCAAAAAUAAUUUAAGCUGUAUAAAAGCCUAUGCCUAUGAUUCCACAAAGGCCUAUUCGGAUGAGGUUCAGCAAAAUGACAUAGAUUUUAAACCACCUUUUCGUGCAAAGACGUUUGAUCGUAUACUCUUAGAUGCCCCUUGCAGUGCUUUGGGUAAUAGACCAAUGUUAUCGAGCAGUAUAUCUCCAAAGAUGUUGGAUUCGUAUCCCAAGGUCCAGAAACGGCUAUUCUCAAAUGCUGUUAUGUUAUUAAAAGAUGGCGGAACAUUGGUUUAUAGUACAUGUACUGUAAACAUAGCAGAGAAUGAGGAAAUUGUGGUUUGGGCUUUGAAAACAUACCCCGAAUUAAAAUUGGUAAAAAUUGAACCAGUGUAUGGCGAAGGUGGUUGGAACUGUGAUGGUUUGUUAGAAGACGAUCGUAAAAAAUUACAACGCUUUGGUCCCUCAAAUCAGAAACACAUAGACACGGUUGGCUUUUUUAUAGCAAAGUUUAUCAAAAGUUGUUGAAAUUGAAGGAUACAUUUUUAUCUAUUCUCGACUUGGAGAACUCGUUUCUUGUUUUGUUCCCAGGUGGGUACUACCAUAACUUUAAAUUAUUGCAUUUCUAUACAAAAAACCAUACAUUUUUUUAAUAUGUUAGCUUAUAAAUAAUGUUUAUCUUUAUUAAGGUUUUUAAUCAUUUUAAUUAAAAAAUAAACGAAAUGUAAUUCUA